AUGUUAGAGGGGGGUGGCGUGGAGAGGAGAGGCGGGAGUCUGGAAAUUCACCAGAGGGAGUGCAAGAAGCGACCUUCUGCCGAGAUAGUUUUGUCGGGGCACUGCUGGAACCUGGCUCGCAGCCUGGCUAGGAUCUGCCCCGCUUGCCUGGCCAUGUGGAAAAAGAAGCAAAAAGGGCAUUUGUACCAGCAGCUAGUGCUGCAGAAGCGCUCCCAAGGGCGGGGGCCUGGCCCCUGGAGUGCGCAGCGGCUACCUGCCGUUGCUCCAUGGCUGAGCUUGAACAUGGAAGAGAGGCACCGAGGGCCCGGGAGAAGCGUGGCCAGGCAGCCCCCCGGCCCAGCAGAGAACGGGUCAGCGGAGGCACCUCCAGCUGUGGCCGGGAGGGCGUGUCCAGUCCAGGAUGCCUCUGGCUCUCCGGGCAGGAAUCCAGCUUCGCCGUGCCCCUCCACAGCUUUGCGCCUGGCCCUGAGCCUGCUGCGGUGGUGCACCGUCUCCGACCAGGAGCUGGCCAAGUGCAGCGAGAUGAGCAAGGCCUUUGCCGGGGCCAACCUCCGGCCCCUGCUGGCGUGUGUCAACGGGGGCUCUGCCGGCAACUGCACCGCCAUGGUCAACGCAAGCUUGGCGGAUGUCAUAACCCUGGAUGGGGGCACCAUUUACCAGGCUGGGAAGGAGUACAAUCUGAAACCAGUGGUGGGCGAAGCAUACGGCCAAGAUCUUGGCACUUCCUACUACGCGGUGGCUGUCGUGAGAGCCAAUUCCUCCUUGACCAUCAACAGCUUGAGGGGCGCCAAGACUUGCCACACGGGCAUCAACAGGACCGUGGGAUGGAACGUGCCCGUGGGCUUCCUGAUUGACAGCGGCCGGAUGGCAGUGAUGGGCUGCCAAGUUCUCGACGCUGUGGAUGAGUAUUUCGAUGCCAGCUGUGUUCCUGGAGCCAGUGUGGUGGGCAGGCCCCCGCUCUCGCUCUGCAACCUCUGCAAAGGGGACGGAGCGGGACACUGGAAGUGCGAAGCAAGUCCCAAGGAGCUGUACUACGACUACGUGGGAGCCUUCAGGUGCCUGGUGGAAGCGGCCGGAGAUGUCGCCUUCGUGAAGCACAGCACGGUCUCGGACGCCACCGGUGGCUCCGCUCCUCCCUCGUGGGCCCAGAAGCUUCAGCCACGGGACUUCCAGCUCCUCUGCCGGGACGGAACCAGGGCGGAAGUGACGGAGUGGCGCCGGUGCCACUUGGCCCGUGUUCCUGCUCACGCCGUGGUGGCCAGGCAAGACACAGCAGGCGGCCUCGUCUUCCAGCUGCUCGACCAGGGACAGCAAAUGUUUAACGGUGAAGCCUCCAGCUUCCAGAUGUUUGACUCUACGGCCUACGGUGGGAAGAACCUGCUCUUCAAAGACUCCACCACACACCUGGUUCCCGUUGAGCAGCAGACCUUCCAGGCCUGGCUGGGGGAGGAGUACCUACAUGCUGUGCGGGGCUUGGAUUGCGACCCCACAAGAUUGCCCAGCUUUCUGCGCUGGUGUGUCUUGUCCACGGAGGAGAUCUGGAAAUGCAGCCAAAUGGCCGCGGCCUUUAAGGACAAAAACCUGAAGCCGGAAAUCCACUGUGUUUCUGCAGCGAGUCCAGAGGAGUGCAUGGAGCGGAUCCAGAAAAGAGACAUUGAUGCCGUCGUUCUGGCAGGAAAGGACGUUUACACGGCUGGGAAGAAAUAUGGCCUGGUGCCUGCUGCCGGGGAACGUUACGCAGAUGGGGACACGAAUGCCACCUACUAUGCCGUAGCAGUGGUCAGACGGGAUGUUUCCAACGCCUUCACCAUCCACGAGCUCAAGGGGAAGAAGUCCUGCCAUACUGGCUAUCAGAGGAUGGCCGGAUGGAACGUGCCCGUUGGCACCCUGCUAAGAAAGGGCUUCCUUCAGCCUCAGGGCUGCAGCAGCCUCCUCCAAGCGGUCAGCACCUUCUUCUCGGCCAGCUGCGUUCCUGUUGCCAGGAGGGAUGAUGACUACCCAGCCAGCCUUUGUGAGCUCUGCAUCGGUGAUGACAAAGGGAAUCAUAAAUGCAAUGCCAGCGACCAGGAGCGCUAUUAUGGCUAUGCCGGAGCCUUCCGGUGUUUAGCUGAGCAUCGUGGUGAUGUGGCUUUUGUCAAGCACUCUUCCGUCUUUGAAAACACGGAUGGUAACAACACAGCCUCCUGGGCCUCCCCGCUGCAGUCGAGUGAUUUCCAGCUCUUGUGUCCCAACGGGGCCCGUGCGGAAGUCAGCCAGUUUGCCCAGUGUCACUGGGGCCAGGUGCCUGCUCGUGCUGUCAUGGUCCACCCGGACACCAACGCCUUGGCUGUGUAUGGACUUCUCAGCAGAGCUCAGGAUUUCUUUGGAAAUGACACCAAUGGACAAGGAUUUAAAAUGUUCGAUUCCGCAGACUUCCAAGGACGAGAUUUAAUCUUCAGGGAUUCCACCGUUGAAAUUGUGCCCGUUGGGGAGGAAACCACCUUCUCAUCUUGGCUGGAGCAGCAGUUCCUGGCGUCUCUAGAGGGUCUGGAGUCUCUCCGGUGUUCGGGGGCAGUCCCUGAGAGGGAUCUAGAAAGAUCCCGCAGGGCCCGGUUGGCAUCGGGCGUAGAGCUCCACCAGCCAGGUGCCGUUAACAAGAAAGCUCUCGCCCUCGCUGAGGAUGGUCGAGCAGCUCGUAGGCCGGGCACCACCAGGAGACCACGGGUGAAGGGACGAACUGUUCUUCGGGGCACAUACAGGGGGAAGCGGUUACAAGGGUACGAAGACCUCAGGCAGUUUUGGGCUUUAAAGGAACCAGCACUUUAA